GUAUUGCGAUCCGCCGCCUGCUCUCCCACUAACCACCACCAGUACCCAACUGGGCCGUUUCCAGUGAGCAGAUGUUCCCCAGCAGAAUGACUCUAAACCAGUCCAGCCUGCUGUACGGACAGCUGGAGGACCUGCAGGAGCUUGCCUUCAUCGAGAGGCCGAUCCGCAGGAGUCUCAAGACAGCCGAGGAGAUCGAUCAGCUGACUGUGGACGAAGACCUGAAUGACAUCGAGAGAGCCGUUUACCUACUCAGUGUGGGUCAGGAGGUGCAGAGAGUAAGUGUCAUCAGUAACCUGCCAUGUCUCGUCCGCCAGAAUCCAGCUGAGACAUUUCGUCGGGUUGUACCAAAGGUCCGGGAGGUCCUGAAUGGUUCUGGAGGUGAAAUCCAGCUGGCGGCAGCAGCAUCAUUUUUAACCAUCUUACAGGAUGACAUUAUCCUGAUCCACACCCAUACCUACUCCAUACUGAAGAUAGUCCUGCUGCAUCUGAAUCACAGAGACGUGCUGAACCCUCUUCUGUUUCAGUCUCAGCCAUCUCAUUCUCUUCAAGUUCGCUUGGCCAGUUGUCGAAUUCUAGGAAAAGUCACCUGCAAGUUUGAUUCUCACAUAGUGAAGAAAGAGCUGCUGCCAUUGGUUCGGUCCUUAUGUCAGGAUGUGGAGUAUGAGGUCCGAGGCUGUAUGUGCCGUCAGCUGGAGAGCAUCGCCAGGGCGACCGGGGUGGACGACACCAGGACAGAGCUCCUUCCUGAGCUGGUGGAGCUCGCUGAAGAUGAGGAUAGCAGUGUCCGUCUUGCAGCCUUUGAUACCAUCAUCAACCUUAUGGAUAUGAUGGACAAUGAUGAUAGACUCCAUGUGGUGGUUCCUCUGGUGAUGUCGGUGUGCGAAGCAUCAUUGCAAGGGGAUGAAGCCAUUCAGGCAUCUUUAUCAUUCCAGUUUGGAAAACUCUGCACUGGACUGACAGGCUCUCUGUCAGAUGAGCAGAAGGGUCGGUUGCUACACAGGUUUAAGGCACUGUGUGUCACUGGUCUGCAGACUGAAGGAAACCAGACUGAUGGCAACAAUGAAUCAACGCUGACCCGCUGCAACUGCUGCUACAACUUACCGGACAUGGUGGUGUUUGCUGACUCAGCCCACUUCCUGUCAGAGCUCUACUCAUCCUUCUCCAGCCUCUGUUGUGACCCAGAGGUCAGCGUUCGACAAAGUGCUGCAGCCAGUUUCCACCAGGUGGUGAAACUGCUCGGUUCAAAUGUCCAUGUGGUCCACAAAGAGCUUCUAGCUCUGCUGCAUGAUGACGCUCUGGAGGUGUUGGAUGCUUUAAUGAAUCACCUGGAGGAAACUCUGGAGGUGGUUCUGUCCAGAGAAGAAAACCUGACACUGGACAACAAGUUCCCGGAGCUGCUGUCGGCUUUGUUGUUGGCAGAGCAGAAGGUCGGAUGUACUCUGCGUUGGCGGCUGCAUGAAAAGCUGCUGCAGCGUUACAGCUGCCUGGCCAGACUGCUGCCUGGAGAAGUGUUGCACCAAAGCUUUACCCCUCGCAUCUUCGUCAUCCUCACCACCAAUAAAGUUUUACCAGUUCAGAAGGAGGCAGCUCGAACCUUCUGCAUGUUUCUCCGCUACAAUCGCAAACAGGAGCAGCGUCAGGAUAUGAUGGAGCGACUGAUCCAAGAUCUGGCUCAGGGUCGGAGCUACUGGAACCGUCUGAGGUUCCUUGACGUUUGUGAAACGGCCAUUGAGAUUUUCUCCAGAAAAUAUUUCAACAAGCACUUCCUGAUUCCGGCGCUGGAGCUGGUCCACGACCCCGUUGCCAAUGUCAGGUACAAGCUGUGCCAGUUGUUGCCCAGGUUACAUAUGUCACUCCGCCUGCCGGCUGAUAAACAGCUGCUGCAGCAACUUGACUUUUGCAUCCAGAAACUUCUCUGCAGAGAGAAAGACAAGGACGUAGUGGCAACAAUCCGCAAGAUAGUGUUGGAAUUGGAUAAACUGGACCCCACAGAGCUGAAGAGGCAGGAGAGGGAUUUAUUGGACCAGAAGAAGGAGAAGGAGGAGACUCUGCUGCUGGAGAUGGAACUGCUGGAGCGGCAACAGAAUGAAGGCAAACUAAACUCUGAGAAACAUACAGAAAGAAAACGGAGGGACAGUAAAACCAGUCUAUCUGCAACCAAAUCCAUGUCUGUGUCCUCGUCUGGAGCUGCCUGGUCUUCCUCUGGUAAGGAGAUGAGGAAGGCUAAACUCUCGCGGAGUCGAUCCCUCAGCAGUCAGCCGACAACGUCCAAACCCGCCAACUCAGACAGACCUCUGAAAGUUAAAGAGCUGAGCAGUACAUCUGGACCUGGGAAGUCCUUGUUACAGAGCAAAGAGGACUCGAGGACUGCCCACUUUACCAUGGCAACUCAGUCCACCUCCUCCAUGCCGGUCCUGAUCCGCAGCAACACAACCAGCCUCUUGGACAGAGCCAGUCCACUGGACCACAGAGACCAGAGAACCAGUACACUAGAUCACAGAACCAGUAAUAUGGACCACAGGAACAAUAUGGUGGACCACAGAACAAGUACAACAGACCAGAGAACCAGUACCUUAGACCAGCGAGAUCACAGAACUAGUGCCAUCGACCAGAGAGACCAAAGAACCAGUACCUUGGAACAGCGCAGUAAAACGAUGGACCGGGGUUGUGGGGUAAAGGAUAACCAGUCCAGAAAGCUGUCAAUAAACAGGAAGUCAAAUUCUUUCAGCGUCCAGUCGGGACGAGACUGAAGGUUAUGUCAUCAUACCUCCACCAGGCCAUCAUCCAAUCAGGGAACGGUUUUAGGACAUUACCCACAAUUCAACAGGACAUCAUCUCUGCCUUACAGUACUGAAAAGAGACUUCUGUAUCUGAGCACUGUGUAUUCUAAUGAUUCAUCCUGUCACCUGACCGGUUCAGUAAACUUCAAACAUACAAACUGUUGCUGUGUUCUUACUGGUUGGUGGUUUCAGCUGCUGACAUGAUUGGUUGG